AAAGUAUUUACUUGUUUGAUGGCAUUGUGUAGCUAGAAGUUUUUAGUGCUGUUGAUUAUACAAGUCUACGCGGCCAAGCUAAAUAUCGUAUCAUAUAAUGAUCUAAUAUAAAGUGAUACUUGUUUCUUAUAGAUACACCAUUAUCCCGUUUCAUUACACCAGCUUUAUGUAUGCUUAAAACAGUUACUCUUAUGGGGAAAUCUUAUUUUCAUGCAUCGACUUUUUAUACCCCGCAACGACUUUUUAUACCCCGCAAAGCGAAUGGAUAUAGAAUUGACGUUGUCAGUCCGUUCGUCCGUCUGUCACAAAAGUGUGCAAGGGCUAUAUCUCGGAAACUAUAUACGACAUCGACAUGAAUCACGACAUGAAUCAUCAUGAGUGUAUUGAUACCAUGCUUAAUAACCAUACUCUACAUGUUGAGUUAUUGCCUUUUGUUGGUUUGUAUGAUGUAACUUUUCAGUGCUUCUUCUCAGACAAGAUUUCAUGGGUUUGUAGAUAUCAAUGAGGAGAAUUUCCUUGCAAAAAAUCCUGAACCAUACACUCUCUUAAGUAAGAGUUAUUGCCAUUUUUUUGUAUUAUGUAACUUUUCAGGGUUAUAAGUCCAAUAAGCUACUAGAUUUCCACAUGAAACUUCGUGGGUGUAUCCACGAGGACACUUGCAAUUAUAGGACUAUACCGUAUAUAUCAAGAGAUUUGCACCCAUCCAUAAACAUUUGUUUUGCGGAGGAUAUAAAAUUCAACGAAUUUGAUUGUUCGUUAUAUUAUUUGCUAUGGCCCUUAUGGGAACUUGUUCAUAAAUAAGUCAAAUUCAAGUUAAAUCGGCUCUACUUCAAACAAAAGGACGUUUUAAGGUAAUUGAAUAAAUUAAACAUUAAAUAAUCACACGGAUUUCAGUGUUUUAUCAACAUCUUAUAUUUACCCACUAGUUCAUAAGCUUAUUGGUUAAAACAUUCAAACCGAACAGCAGUUGAUUUGUGUUUGCUUUUAAACGCUUCUACCAUUUACAUAUGUUUAUAUUAGAUAAGAAAGUAAACUUAUCGCUGUAUUAUCAGAUUUCCAUUUUAAAUUUGCCCACGGAAAAAUCUUUGCAAUUUGUUCGGAUAUUCUCAAACCGCAUUAGAACUUCAUUGUGUGCUAAUACCAGCAAUUUGUUUUCCUUUCAGUCAUAACAUGUCACGUGUGUGAUAUGUUUAUACGUUACAGCACGCUACAUUUGGCAUUUCAACUUUGAUGCGAACUGUUAAAAUUACAUUUGUUGCAAACGAUCGAAUAUUGAUCCAUUUGGAGUAAAGCGGGAUUUAAAUAAAGUUUGUUAUGAGAAAGUGCUGUGGUAAUAAAUUUGUUGCGCUUGUAUUAACGUUUUUCACGAACGCAUGGACAGGCUUAUUGUCGUUGUGUGCUUUUACAAAUGUGGCGCUAUCUGAACAAAUGUUCAUAUUUAAAUGCGCGGUAAGAAAUAAUAUAGUCUUUCUGUGGAACAUGUGUGGUCGAAAUAGUUUAAAAUCUUUGUAAGGAAGACGGGUGAUAGAUAACUGCAGCUGAAUAUAAAUAAGAUAUUUUUUAAAGAUUUACACAGCGGGAUUUUACAACGAAAAACAUGAUACGAUCCAGUCGCAUAUCGUAUAUGGACAAGGAACUCUUAAAAGAACUGCGCAUGCGCGUUGAGAUAGCUGACCCCAUGUACAAGGGCCAGAAAAAGCUGGCCCUUCGCGGGAAGGACUUACAGGCUAUUCCACAUGUCCUUUUUACCAUGAUGGAACUAGAGGUCCUGGACCUGAGCCCGGCUCGCGAAGCGUGUUUGGACUUCCGUUUACCCCUGGUUCCCCCGUCGAUCGGAAAACUGAUCAACCUCCGCGUUCUUCUUCUCGACACGAACGAGUUGCGUUCACUUCCCAAGGAACUGAGUCUGUUACACAGUUUGGAGCGGCUAUCACUUAGCAACAAUUUCCUGUCUUCCUUACCGCAUGGUAUGGCUCGUCUGCAAUCGCUUCGAAGCCUGCACAUGGCAAACAACCGGUUCGAAGCGUUCCCUCUGGAGGUGUGCGACAUUGUGUGCCUUGAGUUCCUGGACAUCAGUGACAACCACCUCGUGUCGGUUCCGGGGGAUAUUUCCCGCCUCUCAAACUUACGGACGCUUCUAUUGUGCUACAACAAGAUUAUGAAGCUUCCAGAAUCGCUAUGUGACCUCACGGGACUCGAAUGCCUGUGGCUUGGACACAAUCGUCUCAAGUCGCUUCCCACGAAUUUCGGACAACUUGUUAACCUAGAAUGGGGUCUACGUUAUUCUUCUAGCGUGCUUGAAAAUAAUCCAUUGGUACAUCCACCCAUUGAGAUUUGUCGGAAAGGACCCGAUAUCAUAAACAACUAUUUCCGAGAUCUGGAGGGAAUUCGCUCCAUUACCACUCCGCAGUUUGAACAUGACGAAUUUCAGACAAACGACACGGACUCGGAACUUGGGCAGCUUACUGCAAGGGAGGAAACUCCGAUGGCGGAGAAGAAUGUGACCAUAAAAGUAACGUCCCCUGAAGGGAUAGAGGACAAGUCUAUAAGCUGAAGAUAUUUAGUGUAAAAUGUGAAACUCUUUCAGAACAUCUUGUAACGUUUAUUCAUUUCACAAGACAAAUAUACAAAAUAUAAUAAAUAAUAGAA